AUAAUGCCCAAAAUUUGUCUGGAAUGAAAACAUGAAGUUCUUUCCCUUUCCUUCUUCCGAUUGUUAGUUUGUUUUUAGCUUCGGACGCGGAGACUUUCUGUACAUAAAUAAGUAGCGCCAACAAAGGGAACACGAGCAGCUGCAAAACAAAAGCGCAUAUCGCAAUGGCAGACAUCAAGAAACUGUUCUAUACAACUAUUUUCUCUCAGACAAUUUCUAGUGAUGGCAAGUUCUUGUUUUGCGGCAGCAAUUUCGGUGAAAUUUUAGUUUUCAGUAUCGAUCGUAUAACCUGCAGUGCCGAAAGUUCCAUAACCGAUCCAGAGAAACUACCCACGGUUCCAUUGCUUGUAUAUUCGCUUCCCGAAAAAUGUCAAGUAUACAGUUUAGCUUUCCACAAAGAUUUUCUGAUCGCUGGUCUAAAUGGCGAGGUUUGUGGUUACCAGUGGAGUAGCAAAAAUGUUACUAUUGGCAAGAAAGCUUGGAGUGUGAAGUUAGCUGGUUCCGUGGAGCAUACCGACGUUAACGAGGUGAACUAUCUCUGGUUGGAUGGAGAAGAUGAAAUACUUUACGCCGGCUGCGGAGACAAUAUAAUGUACGCAAUUUCGCUCGAGGAUGGACGAGUGGUACGACAGUACCAAGGACACAAGGAUUACAUACACUGCGUCAGUGGUUGUAUGGGAAAAAUUGCUACUGCCUCUGAGGAUGGAUCGGUUCUAUUGUGGGAUUCACGACAGACUAAGUUUACCGGAAAAAUUGAACCCCAUUCCAACAAAUUACUACAUCGACCAGAAUAUGGCAAGUGGCAGGGGACCGUUUCUAUCACGGAGGACUGGCUAGUUUGUGGCGGUGGACCACAGUUUUCUCUAUGGCAUUUGCGCUCGUUAGAGUGCACAACGGAUUUCUCUUUCCCCAGUCAGUUACACGUGUCGGGCUUUAUUGAGGACAAGAUUUAUGCCGCCGGAGACUGCAUGAAUCUCUAUCAGUAUAAUUUCAAUGGAGAUGUGACGGCAGUAAUUCAAAUCUCCGCCCCUGCUGUGUACAGCGUGGUGCAUCAGACUGAUCCCAACAAGAUUAUGGCAAUUGCGGGCGCCUCCAGCCAAAUCGAUGUGUGCACAAAUUUUAGUUUCCGUGACAUUGUUUUAAACACGUACAAAAAGUGAAUAAAUGAGAUGUUUUAUCGAUGA